GCUGGACAGCCAGCGAGCGCCAGCCCGAACGCUUGAAACUCCUUUUCAGGGCCUUGCUAUCUCUGGCCGAGGAGUUCAACCUGGGAAUCAGCAUCGAAGAGCCACGUGGAGACGGCGAUUCCUCUUUCCUGUCGGCCAUUUCCCAAGAGUCGAGAGGUGGUCGAGCCUUGGAACAACAUGUUUUUUGGGGCGGUUAG